GCAAGCUGGUAUAACAUCUGUCUUCUUAAUUGUUGACAAAGCUGCUACUGCAUCUGAGUUUUUGUAUGUGGAAGGAGAUGGAGGAAGGUUUAAAUGUAGGAGAGGCAUUCUGAGAAAAUUAUGCUGCUGCAGUACAUUCUCCUUCAUCUAUUCUGGUAGUGUUGCUCUUGCUGAUGAUGAGGAUGGUAGCAGCAUCUUCAGAGUGUUAUAUCUAUGCUUCAGAAGGGGAUAAAGCUUGGGGUGAGUGGCUUCUUUGGUCUAAGUACUGUUAGGCCAUGCACUGGAAAAGAAAUAAGCAGAGCCUGGGGAUGAGAUCUAUAUCCCAGUGCUUUUCAGAGAGUAAUUUCCUGUUGAAAUGAGAAGGGAACUUCCUUGGAAUGUAAGUUUUGUAUACGGGUUCUUAUAUCACCUACCAAAAACACCUGCUGCUUUCCACUAAGGGAGUCUAGGCUGGAUAUUAGGUGAGAUGAUUCACUUGCUGAUUUCUGAUAGGGGCACUCUUUGUAACAGAAAAUCAAUUGAUAACUUCCUAUCAUUAACUAAAUUAAUCUUUCUUUUAUUCCCCUUUCUCCUUAUCUCACCAUGAAAGGAAGAUUCUCUGUUAAAAGGAAUGUGGCAAAUUAUUAGGGCUGUCUGUAUGAAGGAUGUAAAGCUAUCAGUGGUGGACAGAGAGGACUUCUUAGCUAAGAAAUUAGAGGAGGAGCUUCAAAAAGGAUUGCACUGUCACUGUAACUUCAAAUAAUGUCUUCCAAUAUAAUUAACUAUUGAUUAUUGUUUUACUCUUAAUGUAUAAUUAUUUCUCAAAUUUGCCUGUCUAUGUCAAGGCCAUGGAUAGAAAUGUAUAUACUGAUUAUUUUGUCUCUUGAGGUACUAUCAAAGGGAAGGUAUUUCUCCAUAUUUUAACUGUCAGGGUCAGCUGGGGAUAAUUAGCCACCAGCUGCUCUGGAAGUAUACAUGGUUAUACAUGUUCCACAUCUACCAAAAGUCUUUUGCAUACUAAAAAAAUUUUCUGAACUUGAACCAAACAGAGUGACUUGGCUUAGAAUACUGUAGUUUGGGUCAUUAAACUAUGGCACCUGUCAUUUGAAAAGCAGCUACAAAGACUACCCUGGAAUCCAGCUGGCCACAUUCAACUGCCAUAGUCUAAGUUUAUUAGCUGCAAACAGUAAAAAAAGAGCAACAUUUUCGUAGAGAACUUUAUAUAUAUUUCUUUUUUUCAGAAAGCUCAAUUUAUGAAAAAAAUAUCUCUUCUCUUUCAGAUGUAUGAACUUCUUUGCAAAAUGAUCUGAGGUAUCACUAGUGAGAUUAGCUAACAGCUGCAGGAUGGAAUUGUUUUGCUAUGGAUAGGUGAUCAAAAAAUAUACAUAUAUAUAUUAUAUAUAUUGCAGUCUGUCAGCAUUAUACUCAUUAGUAAGGGGCAAGCAAAUGAAACAGGCUGAAGGUGCUGCUGUUUGGAAAACAGCUGCAGAGCUGUUGAUUGUUGGCAGGGAACACAACCACCAUCCCCAUAUUCAGCAGUGAGGAAAAUCUCAUUGCUGCCCUUCAGGGAGGCCAUAGCAAGCAGGUGAUUUUGCACCACAGAAAUGGCUGCGCUUACAUUCAGUUAUCUUCUCGGGCGCCUGGCCCUACAAGCAAGCAUUCCUGACCAGAAAGAAUCUCCAGUUUUUCUUCAUUUUGCCAGCAGAGUAUGAAAAUGGUGGUAAAGACUUCGGCAGCUACCUGUAUGUCAUCAUCCUCUCUUCUAUCAACUCAAGUGUGCCACCUGACAAAUACAACACAACUUCUUAAUUUAGAGGUAGCUCCCUAAUGUUUUUAUUAGGGAUUCCGCACAGCAUACUGGUUUUCAAGGACAGUCACUGACCUAAGUGCAUCCCAUUUAGAUUCUGUGCAGUACUUGGCUGAUGGGACCCUCAGAGCUAAAGCUUGUAGAGCAGAGCCUGUAGGCUGUGAUUUUUCAAGGUGCCACUCAAAGAGAGUUUACAGGCUGGGGUUGCUCAGUCUGACUGACAGAAAAACUCAUUGGAUAUCAGCUGCACCAGCCCCAGUGGUUCUGCUCAAGGUGGUUUUAUGUCCAUCUUUUCUUCAGAUAACCUCUUAGUUACACUGAGCUUGUUAGAGACAUGAGUUGGGCUUGUUAGUGGUCUAAAUCUGCAGCACGCAAGCGAUAAAGAUUACAGUGGCUUAAUGAAUCUGCUUUGCUACCAAAGUGUUACCAAAUGUUCCAAAAUAAUGUUCUGUUCUGUUUUCUUGCAUGCAGAAGGGUUUCAGCCCACAGUUGCUAUGCAUCGUGUGGUAAGUGCAGCCUGUUUCCUCAGCAGGUUCCAAGGUGCAGAGAAGGGAUGGGGUGAGCUUUCCAGGAACUGAGGCACAACUACUCUCUUUGCAGACAGAUAACCUGUGAAACUCCUCUUGUGGUCUUGAGAGACAAUUUUCAGAAAUACCAAAUUCUCUGCCAGAGAAUUUGACUCUAAGAGUCAUUAGGAAUCAGUGAAACCAUAUUACUUAUGUAUUUCUAUCUUUUGUCUGGCUGGGCACUCCUCUUGUUUAUGUGUUUCCUCCUGAAAAUUUUGCUUGUGUAUGUCAUUGAUGGUUCCUUUCCAAUUCUCUCUCCAAAUACAAGAAAAAAAGGAGAAGACCCUUACUUAUCUAUCGUGUAUAACUGAAACUCAUCACUUUAUGUAUAUGCCUCUAUCACCUGCUCUCUGAGGAGGUCCUGUGAGCAGCAAAAUCAACCUGGCUGCUUUCUUACUAAAUCGUGUAAUCAUGUCUCCUUUCUUUUCUACUUCCUGGUGUUUUCACAUCUAUCUAAUGCUAACAUGCUUGAAGAGACUCGAGUGGUGGCACUUCUGAAAAGGAAGAUGGGCUUGGUUUUGCUUGCCUCCCCUUUAGCAGAAAGGCUGAAUUUUCCUGUUUUCUACCCAGUAUUUAACAAAUGCAAGAACUGUGUCUUUAAAGACGCUACUGCCAUAUCUAGUUGAAUUUCCUGCAUAAUUCAAAAGAAAGGGAAGGAGAACAACUGAAAGAUAGGCAGGAUGGUGGCACAAACCCUUUUUCCUUAGGCAACAAAACAGAAAGAUGUCUGAUAUAUAUCUUGUGGGGAUUACAGAGCUAAACAGAUCUUUGUAGUCUUGUUUCUCUCCUGCUCGAGCUGGAAUGAGCAGUCCUGGUCAUGAUGCUUGAACUGGGGGUACAUAGUGGGUGCUGUCAGGGAAGUUUGUCACUUGUAGGUUUACUUUCUGCCCUUGCCUCUUCCCUGCUAGUAAUUGCAGUGUGCACCCAGAUAUUCUUCUGGAAGAUGGGAUCCAGAAAAGCACAUCAGGAAUUGAGAAUAUCUGUUCCAGCGUACAUUCCCUGGCAUUUGUCAUCCAUGGCUUUCUUCUGUGGCCACGUUGCUCUGUCAGCUUGGUUGGCCCUUGUGGCUUCUUGAGGCCCUGUGUAUCCCUAACUAAAAGGAAACUCUAUAUCUCGUGUGGCAUGACCUGCAGUCACUGCUGCUUGCCUCUUCUAUGAGUAAUGUGGACGUUAUGCUCUCGUGAUAGUAAAGACUUAACUCAUGUUGUGAUUAUUCAUUAUCUGACUGUUGCACAUCUGUGGGCAGAAGCUGUAUCCACAGUAGCUAUUUUUCAACUGUUACAAACCGAUGCUGAGCAGUUUUUGCUAAGAACAAUGCACUGCCUUCACCAAUUUUGGUUAAGAUGGCUUUCUUACAGCUGCCUGUAGCUUUGGUAGUUUUUAGUAGUCUGGCUGAUGCAUCCCUCUUCGUUGUGUUCACCAUCCUAGGCUGAAUGUCCUUGGAAAAUUUCAGAUGUUUCUGAGAAGCAAUACAUGAGGCAAUACAUGUGAUAGUAAUUUUAAAGGAGUUCAUCCUAAUGUUUUGUUUUCCUUUUCUGCUCUUAUGUGAAAGGAGCAAUUUCCACUGUUCUCUCUCCUGGAGGAGAUUCAGAUGGAUCUGUUUACUGGCAUAUCAGAGCUUGCAUUCAUUUGUCACGAAAUCCCUUUAAAAGUCUGAAAGAAAUCAUUGCUGAAUGUCACUGUCAGAAGAUGCCAGCUUGUGCUUAUGGAGAUUCAUUGAAUCCCAGUGCUGAGGGAGCCACUGCACGCAUGGCACCUCUUUCUCUGAUCUGAGGAGGCUCUAGUGUAGUAGGAUGUGAUCUGCCUGUCACUGCCACUGAGGUCACAUUGCCUGUACCUACUGAGCAGGACUGAUCAACAAAGGUAGGGGAUAUGAGUGUUGCCCUUUGCAUGCCAUAUGAUGCAGGGCCUGCCACCUUCUCAUGAUCCUGUGAUUCAGCAUCUCCCUGAACAUGAGGUCAGCUACAGCAUUCUGCGUGGCUGCAUGACUGGAAAUUCCAGUCUCUAGGAUCCAGAGGAACAUGCAGCUACGUGAGGCAAAGCUUCCAGCAGUUAAGAACAAACCUGUUAAUGUAAGUGUCAUUUUUUUUCCUGUCCCUUUUCACCUUUCUUGAUGAUUUAAAAUACAGAACUGCAUGUGCUAUCACUGAAAUUCUUCCUCUGCAGUGUUUCAGUGGCAUGUCACAAACCCUUGUAGAGUGAUUGCUGCUCUGGUGCUUAUGUGAGAGCCGGGCUGUGUUCUCUGCCAUUUCAGGAGGUAGUGCCUUUGUGUGGUCAGCCUGCAGCUCUCUUGGCAUGGGGUUGUGCUGGUGCUGCUUUUGUUCAAAUGAAAGCCUUUUGCGGUUUUGCAAUUUCCACAUGCCAUUCUUACUUUAAAGAUAUAGCAUGGGAGGACGUGGAAUAAGUGGAUGGGUUGAAACACACUGUGUUGCUCAGCCUGCUGGAGCUCUGAGGCACCACGAGCAGAAUGUUGCUCAGGGGUAAAUGGCAAGAAUGACCUUGAGAGUGAACUUUGCUUCUUUAAGGUGACGUGGAUAUGGUUGGAGUGGCUUCAUUUCCCACUGCCAUCAACAAGUACUAUUGCAAGCUUUGCAAAGAGUGUUCCCAUACUGUUCUGAUUUGAAACCACUCUAUAUGUGUUUUGUUCAGCAAUCCGUUUUGAUUCUGUCUCUUCCAUUACUGUCUCAUUCUUCAGUUUGUCUUAGUCCUAGUUUGCUGUGAGAAAAGUGAAGAGAAUCCUUGCAAAAAGGUGGGGGAGAAAGAUCUCAGUGUAAAGCCCUGAAGUUUCCAGAGUUAUGUAUGUGGUCAUUUAUUUGUUUGUUUGUUUAUUAUUUAUUUGUUUGUUUAUUUUAAUUGGAAUGUGCUUAGAGAGAUGAUGGUCUGAAAUGCUGAUCUGUGACUCAGGAGGCUGAGCUGCUGCUUUCCAGCACAGGACCGUUGUGGCCACAGCAGAGGGAGGGAGGAGGCCAGCGAGUGCCUGUGGAGGUUUUGUGCUCCAGGACUCUGUGCCCUUUGGUGAGCCGUUAUCACUAUGAGCGUGCUUUCUAGAGUGACUACAGCCAACUUUGUCAUGAAUGUUCGGUCUCGCAUCUGAAGAAAGGGAUUGGUUGAGUUCCUCUCUGCCAGUACGGAUUGUGGUCGAUGUGUGGACUUGUCCUACCAUCUCUGAGUUAGUGGUGUGCAAAGGGCAGAUGUGAAGCACCCAUUUCCUUUGGGCCCACUGGCAGCACAGGACAUGGAAGCUCUUGAAGUUGAUGAUAUUAGCCCUGCCUUGGAAGUGACUGAAGACUUUUUCAAUAGUUUUGAUACUAAGCUUGAGAAGAUUGUGCAGCCCUCUGGGGUAUUUGGUGUCCAGGAGGUGCCUGAGCUGGUUGGGCAUGAGGUGUUUCAUCAGAUAACAGAGAGCAGGAAUCUAAGGAACGUCGCCUCCUUAGCCAAAAGUAGCCUCAUUUGGGAUCACUGCAAAAAUGGCCUCUUGGAAACGAAAGCCCAGACAGCACUCUCUGCCAAAGAUCAGCAUGUGGUGCGGAGGGGAACAGCUGCUGACAACCUUGCUUGGGCAGGGGAAGGAGAGACUGCUGCUUUUAACAUCUUCAACAUCUGCCAGCGGAGGAGGGACAGGCCUCGGUCAGUGAAUGACAUCCUGGUGCGGAAUGAAGAAGCCUCCACGUUCAAGCCUGGACACAACCGCUCACGCUCUGAUAACAGCCAUGUAAACUGGGGAGUCGUCUUCACUGGCACCUCUCUGCAGCAGCCAGCUCUGCCAGGUCAGGACAAUAACUGCGCUCUGCUCUCCUACCUGGCACUAACCAAGGGACAAGAUAUCCAAGGAAACACAGAACACAAGCCUACGUUCCCAAAUAUUCUGAAGAAGGGAUACUUAGAAAUUAGAAGAGACAAUGACAGCUACUGGCAAACCUGUUAUGCUGAGCUCUCCCCAUCCAAACUGUACCUGUAUUGCCUGGACAGCAGUGGCAACCAGACUCUUCCCACCAUGUUCCCGCUUGUGCAUUUUCAAAGGGUCACUGUUACUGGUAGCAUUGAAGCCAAGGUGGUGGAGGUUGUCCUGUCAGAAAACUCUCAGCUGCAGCUGAAGGCAGAGUCAUCAUGGGAAGCUUUGGACUGGGGGCGGAAGCUCUGGGAAGUGAUGCGUGCUUCUGUGCCUGCUUUCACAAGACAGCCAGAGCAAGUGGAGAAUGUGCCAGAGCCUGACAAUAGCAGUGACCAUUCUCAAACUAACGGAUUGGUAGAGAAGCCCAUGGAACUUUUGCUGUCUAUGAAUUUGACUGAAAAUACUAAAGAAUACCAAAAUAUUCUCAAAUCGGGGACUCUUUAUAGGUUAACUGUCCAAAAUAACUGGAAGGCAUUUACUUUUGUCUUAAAUAGGUCUUAUUUAAUGGCAUUUCAACCUGGUAGGCUUGAUGAAGACCCUCUGCUGAGCUACAAUGUUGAUGUUUGCCUGUCGGUUCAGACAGAUACUCAAGAUGGCUGUGACUCUUGCUUUCAGGUAAUUUUUCCUCAAGAUGUCCUUCGCCUACGUGCAGAGACCCGUCAGAGGGCUCAGGAGUGGAUGGAAGCACUGAAAACAGCAGCCAAUGCCACUAGAAGUCUAGGUCAGAACCCACAGGUCACGCUUCGAAACAAACCUGGAGAUCGACCCUUUGGAAAUGAUUUCAGGAAGAGCAAGCGCCAGUCUGUGACAACCAGCUUCCUCAGCAUCCUGACUACGCUGUCUCUAGAAAGAGGGCUCACAGUUCAGAGCUUCAAGUGUGCAGGCUGUCAGCGCUCCAUAGGCUUGUCCAAUGGCAAAGCCAAGGUGUGUAGUUACAGUGGCUGGUAUUACUGCUGUACCUGCCAUGUGGAUGACAGCUUCCUCAUUCCUGCAAGGCUGGUUCAUAACUGGGAUACUUCCAAGUACAAGGUAUCAAAGCAAGCCAAAGAGUUUCUGGAAUAUGUGUAUGAGGAGCCACUGAUUGAUAUCCAGCAGGAAAAUCCCAUGUUGUACAAGCACGUUGAAUCUCUGGCAACUGUUGUCCGCCUGAGACAGCAGUUAAAAUCUCUGCGAGCCUAUUUGUUCAGCUGCAGAGCAGCAGUGGCUGAAGAUCUACGUAGAAGGAUCUUUCCAAGAGAGUAUCUUCUUCAGCAAAUCCAUCUUUAUUCUCUGGCGGACCUCCAGCAGGUUAUUGAAGGAAAGCUGGCUCCUUUCUUGGGGAAGGUGAUCAAGUUUGCCACCUCUCAUGUGUAUAGCUGCAGUCUCUGUAGUCAAAAGGGAUUCAUCUGUGAGAUUUGUAACAAUGGAGAAAUCCUUUACCCCUUUGAAGAUAUUUCUACAAGCAGGUGUGAAAGCUGUGGUGCUGUCUUCCACUCUGAAUGCAAAGUGAAGGCUGUACCGUGUCCCAGGUGUGUGCGUAAAGAAUUGCAGAAGAAGCAGAAGUCCUUCUGGAGGCGACUGAAUAUGGAUGAAAAUUUUGAAGAGUCUUGCAACAUGUUUGAGUUGUCAUAUCAGAACACAUGAGUUCCUCAAGGCAGUGGCAAGCCUGAAGAGAACCUCUUCCCCAGCUGCCAGCUCAAGCAAUCUCUCAGCUUAGCUAGGCAGAAAUCUUUUUUGCAAAACAAUAUUUGAUCUUCUUCAGCUAUGAAUAGCAGCUGCCAAAGUAACCGUAAAGCCUUGUCGGCUUUGGAUUAUCUGUGGCUAAACUGCAUUUUGCAUUGAAGUUCAGCCGCUAGCUCUCAUGCAAAACACGGUUUACUUGAAAUGCUUUAUGUCUAGCUAAUUAAGCACUUAUCUUUUUCUUUUCCACCUCUGGAGAAGACCUUUCCUCAAGGCAGAAAGUAUUUGCUGCCAUUAAUGCAUUAUUUUUGAUGUUGUUCAUUUAGAAUUGACCAAUCAUCUACUUAUUUAUGUGUAUUAUUUAUUAUUAGCCUUCGCAGAGGUUCUGGUAAAGUGUGUCACAGAAUAGGGCAGGAAUGAUUUUAAGUCCUCCUGUUCCUUUUGAUACGGACACAUGGUUCCAUUUCCCUGUGUUUCCAGAGAGCUAUUUUUAAAAGAUCAGUGCAUUUACAUGUCACUCCUUGCAGAGGAAACAAAAGUACCUCUCAUCAAACCUAAUUCAGGAUGUUUGCUAGCAUAAGAUGCAGAAUAAUUUCUUUAGCUGUGUUUACAUAUUUAUAACUACUCAGUGGAAUAUUACAUAAGCAGAUAAGCAGGGUACUUGCUGCUGUUUUUUGUUUAUGCUAACUAUAUAUCUGUCAAGCUGCGUCACUGAAGUCCAUUCUGCUUUACACUGCUUAUUCUUGAUCUGUGUGGGGUCACAUCCUCAUCUGCAGUAACAUGACAUUCCAACCUCUUGCUAGUCUUGUGUUUGAAGAACUUUUUAACUGUCCACCUUGGUUUUGUUUUUAUGAGGUGAAAUUUACUUUGCAUGUUCAUCUGACCUGAACCUACUAGAUCAAUAGUUGGGAAAGCAUUCUUGUCCAAGUUACCUAGAAUAUACCUCCAAAUUUGUGAAACAUUAGUUUGCUAUGUUCAUGUCAAACGUGUGUCCUGAGUUCUCUGGGAGCUUUAGGGGGGUUUAUACUUCUCUAGUGAUUUCUCUAGUAGAGAGCAAACUUCCUCAAGGUAUGGGUUUGCCUCAUACACAUGGAACAUGGGAAAGUACUAAAGAUGAUAAAUAUAUUAUGACAGAGAAGUACAUGAUGGAUUUUAUUGCAGUGAUGCGUAUCAUCGCUGAUAGUGUUCAGUUCGUGUGAUUUCACCUUUAAUGAGGACUUAGAGAUCUUCCUCAUUCCAGCUCGUAUUCUUAACUCUUUCUCCAGACCCUGCAGUAAUAUGUGUAUUACAUACAUAUUAAUGCAUUCAUGUAUAUAUAUACACACAUAUAUAUAUGCAGAAAGCAAAUAUGGUUUCAGAAGAAAAAAGCUAGUCACAUGCAUGUGCAUUUUUCUUCUCACACAUAGGUUUGUUAAAAUGCAGGAUACUGAUCUUUGCUUCCUAUAUGAUAUGCAGGCUGUUGUAUUCAAGGUAGAAAGCAGUAUUGAUCAUUGAAGCAGCUCACUAAUUGCUAAGUAUUUUAAAUAGAAGAGCAGGGUACAUCAUCUUACAUUAGAGGCUAGAAAGCUACAAACUGCCUUGUAUUGGAGUGUAAGUGGUUGCUUUUUCCAGCCUCCCUUGAAGAAAGUAGCUGAAUCUGAGCUUUCUCAAAUUUCAGCAUGACUGCUAUAUAUAUAUAUAGAAGCAUGUUUAUAUCUGUAUACACUAGACAACCAGUGCCUUUCUUUUCCAGAAGUCUUUCUCCCAUUGGGACUCUUUGGAAGGAAGUGAGGGUUUUUCCAUGUUCUUGGCAGAGUAGUAUAGGGAUUCCUAUAUUUAAUAAACUUGGUGAACGAUGCACCUUUGUCACUAAAAUUAAUACUUCCUUUACACAGGGACAUCUGUGUUUCACGCAGCUCACUGUUCUUCAUGUGAAAUGAGUUAUUUUCAGCUGUCAUCCUUAAGGAUAUAAUGUUCCUUCCAAGUCCAUUCCCACGUGAAGAACUCCCUGCAUGUUCAUAUAUGCAAACACUGAGCAAGUCUUGUGGAAUUAGUCAUGUAAACAGGAAUUACAGUGGUACUGGCUGAAUAAACAGUACACUCCCACGUUUUUCAAUGUGUGUCACUACAGCCCGUCCUGUGGCAAAGCCAGUAACUCAGACUGUCGGAAUCUGGCAAGUACUAUUUUGAUUUAACUCUAGACAUAAUGAUGGGUCAUUAAAGAAAAAAAAAGAAAGUUAUGUUUUCCAUGUCAUAAUGCUUUAGAACUUAAGAUACUUUAUGGCACCAGUUCAUGUUCCGAUUUAGAAAAGUGUUCUUGUGUGCACUGUGGAAUACCCUACAGCAUCAAGGAAUUGAAAUUAGGCAUUGCAAAGUAUUGAUUACUUUUAUAGAUGCCAUGAUGUCUAAAGUGUCAGUGAUGAGAGUGGCUGGAUAUUCUAGUAAAAUUCUGGAGUAACAGUGGACAGCUUUGGAGUUGCUCUCAAUUUGUACAGCUAUUGCAGAACAGUUUUACUUUGUUAUCUGAGACUUAGAGGGGAAAAAAGCUUUUGUUGUCAGAAAAUUCAUUGGAAUUAGUGGUGAGUCUGGAACCUCUGCAUUGCUAAGGACAGGGAGCAGAGCAAAAGCAUGUUUUUUGAUAUGCUGGCAGCACCCAAAGCUUUUUGUGAAUGGAUAAUGUACAAUAUACAUUGGAAAUUACUAUUUUUAAUCCAGUGUAAUUGUAAAUGAAAUGGAUGCAUUUUUCUACCUUGAAAAAGUAAUAGAGCUUCUUCCUGUAGCUAUAAGAGCAGACUGUAAAGCGGAUGCUUUUCUCUCAGGGAUGCCUAGCUCCUAUCCAAAAGAAGUUAUUCCAUAUGGAUGAGUAGGAUGUAGUCUUCUGUUUCUGCCUUUCAAGAGCAUAAAGGCCCAGUCCUGCCUUCAGGAAUUGUUGGUGAAGUAGGAAUGAGCCUUUUUCAAUUUUUAGGGCUGUAGGGUGAAAGAAUAAAUAGAAACUACCGUUCAUGUUGCUAACUCUUGAAAGACCUCAAAAGGAUGGUUUUCCUGCUUGCUGGAAGCACUGUCCAUGCUUCUGUAGGUGGUUUGGAUUUUGUAUAACACUGUAUCUUGCAUGACUUCUCUGCUAGUGUAAUGUAGUGGUGCACACUGGUCACCAAUGUACUGUUUUCCUGUUCCGUAGCCUUGUUUACGCUCUGCAGACUUCUAGGUGGGCACCAGCUGGAAAAGUACCUAGGGCCUUUCCAAAUUAUGCAUUUCUGUCCCCCACACACGUGGACAGAGGUGGAAUUUGUGUGUAUGUGCUUCUAGUCCCAUCCUGCCCAUGCAAGAAAUAAAUUUGAACAGUAGCCUUUCACUGUGAUUCAAAAAUAAAAUGUGCUGUUAGUCUCCUUCACAAAGAAGGUGCUCCCUUUACUUAAGGAGGAGGAUAAAUUGAUUUGUAGGUCCAGUUACUGCUCUAACUUUGUUGUACAGAGCUUAUAAAUCACUGUAGAGAUAGAAUGCUUCACUGCAAGGGACUGUAGCCUGACUUUACAACUAUUUAGAAAAUUAUCAUCUCGAUUUAGUUAGUCUGAGAUUAUUUAAUGCAGAAUACUGUAGAUAAACUUACACAAUUCUCCCUAUUUUUCUCCUUAACCCAAACUUCUAGCUUUUUAAUGUAGAUAAACACAUAUCUAGAGAGUGCAAACUGCAGCUUUUUUGAUUUUAUCCAUCUGCAGAAUUUUGGAUCCCCCAGAAAUCUUUGUCUCUUUUAGUUGAUGAAAAAUGAUGGUUUUAUGGUGUGACAGUGUCUUGGCCUAGGAACUGGCAGUUGUGAGGGUUUCUGAUAAGAGCAGAUGCUUUUUGGUGAGGAUCUUGCAUUCUGCACAGUAUGCCCUGUCAGAAGUGAGUCGUCAGAGUACCUCUAGAGCUGCUCGUAUGAAGUCUCGUCUUAGUAAAUAACACUAGGAUACUGUGUGCAUUAUAAUGGAUUUAUGAUCAUGUCCUGAAGGACUUUAAAAAAAAACAAAACAACAGAGGAUGUCUGCUGAUGGGGAAGCUGCACAGUUGUACUUUGCUUUUUCCCUGUAGCAACAGAAGCCACUGAGUUUCCUGGGCUUUCCAAGGUCAUGAUCUGUACUGCAGCUGACUGUUGAUCUCGCUAAAAGAAAAUUAAUUUGAAUAAUCAUCAUAAUCUUAUCUCUUGUUUCUGCUGCUCAGCUGCAAGCCAGUCCCCUCUUCCUUUCCUUCUUUCUGUCUCUGUCCCUGCCUUGGCUCACAGUGGUGAGCCUCUGGCUAGGCUUCAGCUUCAUAGCUGAUGACUUUGCUUUUGAGCUAGUCAAGUUUGAUCGCUUUCUCCUUCAUAAUUUGCCUUCCAAUUUUCCCUUCCCAGUAGGAGUGCCUUACAGUAUUGUAUAUUAGUUUCUAUCUUCCUGUUUUGGAUUUCCUGAUUGAAUCUGCUUGUUUGAUUAACUUGUAGGCUUAAACUGGAACUCUCCUGUGGCUGCACAUGCUCUUUUGCUGGGGCAGCUGAAUAAAUCAAUUUGCUUGUUCUGUCCUCAUGAAGUAUGCUCUGCAGGCUGUAUAUACCAGCUCUGAAGAUACCAAGCUGCAUGGAAAUGCCUCACUUUUGCUUAAUCUGGUGCCUUAAAUUUCCAACAAUGAAGAAUUUUGUCAGGAAUGCUCUGCCACGAUGGAGCAUGUUUGGUGUUAGAGCUCUAAACCCUUGCUCAUGGCAAUUUCCAUCUUGCUAGGAGUGGUUAGCAUAAAAUUUGUUUACUAUCUGUGCUUUGAGAGGGAAAUGUGAGAAAAGAUAGCAUUGGGGGGCGGGGGAGAGGGCAUUGUUUUUAUUACCUUCAUUUUGGAGACUAGCUGGGCUUUUUUUCAUAUACAAAUGAGGUUGUGCUAAUGUGAGAACAUCAGUGCUGUGGAUAUAUAAUAAUGGCAUUAAGGCAGGAUCAGGUAACUUGCAGCUUUGCUCCUCCCGGAACCGCUGGCUGGCCUGUGCCAUGUGAUGAGAGGGUUCCACAUGGUAAAGCUGGGUUUGUGGCAGUGAGGGCAUUUACUCAAACUUUAGUUUUAAUUCAGUCGUCUUUCGUGAAAGCUAAGCCUCUGGGGUUUUUUGUCAGCAUUACCUUAGGGAGAGAGUUAACCUGCUUAAAUAUGAGCAUUAUUUGUUAAAGUCUACAGCGAACCUCAUCCUGUGUGUGUUCAUCUUGGGCACAUGUCUGUACUAACUGGGAUCUUUUAAGGCCACUUUUGACCCCAAGUAGCAGGAUCCCCAUUUGGCAGUGGCACUGUUUUCCCUUCACUUUAAUAGUGUAGUGAGCAGACAGCCUGGACGAUAGAUAGUGUGCCAAGUGCUUCUUUACUUGAAAACCCUGGUGUGCACACACUGGCUUGGGUCAUAUCUUAAUAUGCAGGUUUCUUCCUGGAUACUAAGGUGGCCCUUAAGUCAGCUCAGAAUGCCACUUGUGGGCAGCAUUGGAGAACUUUGGGCCUGGAAGGCUAUUAACUGUCCAGGACCAAUGUCUGUUAGGUCUCAUCCACAUACACAGCUGUAAUUGGCUCAGUAACUUAUUUUUGUCUAAUAUGUGUGUUGAACCAAUGUAAAUCAUUGAAUGCAUAGCACUGUACUGGUGGAGAAAGGAUUUAUUUCAGUUUUGCUUAUGCACUUGAUCUUGCUCCAACUAAAGUGUUUUCAGACUGAUUUUGAGUGGCACUGAUACCUCUGAUGCUAGGUAGGCUUAUACCAGGCCCUUCUGUACUUGAGCCAAGCAAAAGUAAGAAUUAAUGAGCAAAAUGCACAUUUGAAGAGGUAAAGGCAGUUUCCAGAUAAGCACCAGUCGAGUUGAAGCAGUUUGAGGCCGAGGGAAGCCAGGCAUGAUAGGCAGAGCUCAGGGUUUGGUACUGGCUCCUUUGGCCUGGCCUUACUUCCCACCAGCGCUCCAGCUCACCUGCAGCACCGUAAGUUGUUUGAAAACAAUUAUAUGUGUGUGCUACUUCAUCUGUUAAUUUAUUGGCAACAUUGUUGUGUGUGUUUCAUUGGUCUUUUGUUUAUUUUUUGGUUUUUUUUGUUGUUGUUGUUUGGUUGUUGUUUUACUUUUGACAAGGAUUUUGUUUAAAUUAUCUGCAACUACUAGGCAAUGGUCUUAAUUUAUUAUUGAUGUGUAAUAAUGUAAUUUAAAUUCGGUGAGUUGAAUUGCGUGUUGAUACUUGAGCAGGGUUUAUUUGGAUUCACUUGUGACAGCAUCAGAGCAUCAGUCCCUUCUGUAUAAAGGCAUCUCUCAAUAAACACUACAAAAAUUA